GAAGGGGUCCGACGACCCCACGGAGAUCCGUCUGAGUCGCGAUGAAUCCUCAAUGUCAGGUGGGUCCGAUGUAGUUGCGGAGACUCUCGCCUCAUUCAAGGUGAGACAGAUUUUCCGUCUUGUCCUAUCACUUGUCGCAACCGUGAAUUUCCCACUGACGGACACAACCCCUCAGAGCGUCCAUGCAACCGAUCCCGCUUUUGAGAAGAUCAUUGCUGGGCGAGGCUUUAAGAUCAAUCCACUUGACAUCUCGCCCGCUGAUCCGGAGCUCUCACGUACUUUGACAGAAGAGGUAUGUCAUUUUAACUUCCUCUUCCGUGGCACGGUUCGCUACUCACUUCUGCCAGUAUGUUGAAAGGAACGUGGAGAGAGCACCAGGCGCGAAGAGCGGCCCUGGACCUACACGGAAAUCAAAGCGCAUUGAGAAAACGACUAUCGACUUCCGGUCAAAUUAGUCGAGGAGCUUUAUUCCAUCUGUGGUUUGGGCGCCACAAAGCUGGAUCUUGUUGCGUCGAGCGCCUGAUUCAAAAAAGUGGAUGAGAUGAUGGCUUAAUUUUGGGAGAGCAAGUGGCGUUCGGACGGGCAGAAUGUAGAAUAAACGCGUAAAUAUGUGACCUCUACCUUUGUUACUGCAGCACAUUGACCGACCGGGAAACAACAGCCUACAAGGCGUUGAAAAAUUGUGCAAUAGUUAUCAG